AUGGGGCUGCGGCCACACCUUUUCCUCCUGGGGCUGCUGCUGCUUCUGGGCCCAGGGCCCACCCAGGCUCAUACCUUUCUUGGAAAGAAUACACUGGACGAGCAGCUAUGGCCAGAGUUGCGGAGCCUGAGGGCUUUUCCAUUCCCGUGCAAACCAAAGAAGUCAGAAUCCAAUGUGCCAGCUAUGUCAGUCCACACUCUGAAGCCUUCUGAUAUUAAAUUUGUGGCAGCCAUUGGCAAUGUGAAGUCUAAUGACACUUGGAAGCCCAGCUCGGAGGAGGCCGCCUUCCUCUCUUUUUCAGAAAUCAUCAGACACUUCAAUCCCUCUGUUCUGAAGCCUGUGUGCAUCCCUGGGAAGGAAGUGGUACCCCAAAUUAGUGCUGAAGACUUGUGGAUUCAGGCAGAAGAACUGGUGGAGAACAUGAAAAACAACCAGCAACUUGACUUUCAAAAUGACUGGAAGCUCAUCAAUGUGCUCUUCAGUAAUGCAAACCUGUGUCACCUGUGUCCCUCCGCCCAACAGGACAAGCUGGUGACAGAUAACAUGAGCAAGCUGACCAGAAUGCUGGACUACCUGCUCCAGGAGGUCCCUAAAGUGUUUGUGAACAUAGUGGACCUCUCUGAGGCUGUGGGGCACCAAGGGAACGGGCUCAGCCUAGAAGCAGAGCCUUGCAAGUGCUCAGAGAUGACCUCAAAGCUGCCCAGGACUGUGAUGCAGUGGUCCUAUCAGGAAAAUUGGGAAGGUCUCCUGAACUCCAGCAAGUACAAUCAGGAGGACUCCUUUGCAGUGGUUUUCCAGCCCUUCUUCUACGAGACAUCCUCAUCACCACACUUGAAGGAGUUGCUACACCAGGAUCCCACCACACUCUCAGUCUCCUUGAAUCUCUGGAACAUCAUGAUGCAGCCAGCAGGACAGAAAAUCGAGCUAUUCAGUACAAAUGUGAAAAGGUUCAUAAAAUGUCCCUCUCAGGAAAUGCCAUAUCUGUUCACCUAUAGAAACAGCAACUACCUGCCCAGGUUGCCAGAACCUACUGAGAAGCUUGAGUUGGGACUGACCAUGCCAUUGCAGUGCCCUAACAAGGAUCCCUCCGACAAGAUCCCCACCUCAGUUCACAGGCUGAGGGUGGCAGACAUCAAAGUGGUCGCAGCCCUGGGCGACUCCAUCACGGCAGGUAACGGGGCUGGGGCCAAGACUGGGGAUAUCCUCGACGUCCUAACUGAGUAUCGAGGCCUGUCCUGGAGCAUUGGCGGCGAUGAGGAUCUCAGCUCUGUCAUCACCCUGCCCAACAUCCUCCGGGAAUUCAACCCUUCCCUGAAGGGCUUCUCUGUUGGCACCGGGAAACAAAACAGUGCUGGUGCCUUCUUCAACCAGGCUGUCUCCGGAGCCCAAUCUAGGGAUUUACCUGGUGAGGCCAUGAUGCUGGUGAACCUGAUGAAGAAUCACACGGGUAUAAAUUUUAAGGAAGAUUGGAAGAUAAUAACCGUGUUUAUAGGAGGCAACGACCUCUGUGAUUUCUGCAAAGAUAUGGACGUGUAUUCUCCCGAGAACUAUAUCAGCCACAUAAAGCGUGCCCUGGACUUCCUCCAUGCUGAGGUUCCUCGGGCGUUUGUGAACCUGGUGAAUGUGCUGGAGAUCUCCAGCCUACAGGAGCUGUACAACGACAAUAGAGUCUACUGCCCACGGCUGAUCCUCAUGAAUCUGUGUUUAUGUGUCCUGAACUUUAAAGAAGGCUCAGAGGAAUAUACUAAACUUAUCGAAAUAAAUAAGAAAUAUCAGGAGAAGAUUCACGAGCUGGUUAACACUAGACGAUACGACACGAAGGACGAUUUUACAGUGGUUGUGCAGCCAUUCUUUGAAAACGUGAACAUACCAAAGACCGAGGAGGGGGUUCCCGACAGCUCUUACUUUGCUCCUGACUGUUUCCACUUCAGCAAAAAGACUCACGGCCACGCAGCCACUGCGCUCUGGAACAAUAUGCUGGAACCUAUCGGCCAGAAGGCAACGCAGCAUGAUUUUCAAAGCGACAUCAACAUCACAUGUCCGAGCCAGGUAGAGCUGUACCUGAGCACCUUCAAGAACAGCGUGAAGGGUAACGGGAGCCUGCUGCCCUGCACUGACUUGGCCAGUUCACCCACACAGCCCACUUCAGUGCAUGCCGUGAGACCAGCAGAUAUCCAAGUUGUGGCUGCUCUGGGGGAUUCUCUGACCGCUGGCAGUGGAAUCCGCUCCAAACCAAGCGAACUUCCUAAUCUCACCACUCAGUAUCGGGGGCUGUCAUACAGUUCAGGAGGAGACGGCAUCCUGGAGUACGUGACCACCUUACCGAACAUCCUUCGGAAGUUUAACCAACAUCUCAAGGGCUACGCGCUGGGCACAGGUGACGCCACUGACACAAAAGCGUUCUUCAAUCAGGCUGUUCCUGGAGCAAAGGCCAAGGACCUUGUAGGCCAAGUCUGGACUCUGGUGCAGAGGAUGAAAGAAAAUGAUAAAGUAAAUUUCAAAGCGGACUGGAAGAUCAUCACGGUGAUGAUUGGAGGCAGUGACUUAUGUGACUACUGCACGGAUUCGAAUCUCUAUUCUGCAGUUAACUUUUAUGAGCACCUCUGCAAUGCCUUGGACAUCCUACAUAGAGAGGUACCCAGAACCCUGGUCAACCUUGUGGACUUCAUGAACCCCGCUAUCAUACGACAGGCGUUCCUGGGAAACCCAAACAAGUGCCCAGUGAAGCAGUCCAGCUCUUUGUGUAACUGCGUUCUGAGCCCUCUGGAGAACUCUGAAGAGCUGGCCAAAUUGAAAGCCGUCACCAAAGCCUACCAGAACAGCUUGCGUGAGCUGGUGGAGUCAGGCCGCUAUGACAUUCGGGAGAACUUCUCCGUGGUGCUGCAGCCCUUCUUCAGCAACAUCCAGCUCCCCACCCUGCAGGAUGGGCACCCGGAUUUAUCUUUCUUCGCCCCAGACUGCAUCCACCCAAAUCAGAACUUCCACUCCCAGCUCUCCAGAGCCCUUUGGGUCAAUAUGCUGGAACCGCUAGGAAAGAAAACAGAUACCCUGGACCUGGCAGCAAAUAUAUCCCUCUCCUGCCCCACUAAGGAUGUUCCUUUCCUGACAACUCUCAAGAACAGUAACUACACAUACCCCACCAAGCCAGCCAUCGAGAACUGGGGCAGUGACUUCCUGUGUGCGGCAAAUAAUUUGUCCACGGUUCCCACCUCAGUCCAUGAGCUCCGACCGUCAGACAUCAAAGUGGUGGCUGCCCUGGGUGACUCACUAACUACAGCAGUGGGAGCCUGCCCAAGCAAACCCAAUGAGAAGCUCGGGUCCUGGAGGGGACUCUCUUGGAGCAUUGGAGGCGAUGGGGUCUUGGAGAACCACACCACACUGCCCAACAUUCUCAAGAUGUUCAAUCCUGAAAUCAUCGGGUUCUCCACCGGCACAGAGAAGGAGACAGCAGGAUUGAAUGUCGCUGUGGAAGGGGCCAAAGCUGAGGACAUGCCUGCCCAGGCCAAGGCCCUAGUGGAACUAAUGAAAAUGGACCCUAAAAUCAACCUGGAGAAAGACUGGAAGCUGAUCACACUCUUUAUUGGGAGCAACGACUUGUGUCAUCACUGCUAUAAACCGAGGAACUACUCAGUCAUGGAAUAUGUUCAGCACAUCCAACAGGCCCUGGACAUCUUCUAUGAGCAGCUUCCAAGGGUUUUCAUCAAUGUGGUGGAGGUCAUGGAGCUGACCGGCCUGCACCAGGGCCUAGGAGGGAGAUGUAGAAUGCCGCUGGGAGCUCAGAGCGAGUGCACUUGCUUCAGAGACUCCCCCGAGAACUCCCCAGAGCUGCUAGAACUGAAGAAAGUGAACAAGGACUUUCAGAGCGGCAUCUUCCAGCUCUCUAACCAGCAGCAUUACCUGGAGCGUGAGGACUUCGCGGUGGUCGUGCAGCCUUUCUUCCGAAACACUAUCGUCCCCCUGAACCACAGAGAAGCCGCUGACCUCACCUUCUUCUCUGAAGACUGUUUCCACUUCUCAGAACGUGGCCACGCGGAGAUGGCCAUCGCGCUCUGGAACAACAUGCUGGAACCAGUGGGCAAUAAGACAACCUCCAACAACUUCACCUACAGCCGAACCAAACUCAAGUGUCCCUCUCUUGAGAGCCCUUACCUCUUCACCCUGAAGAAUAGCCAGCCGCAGAAAGAACAACAACAACAGACCGAGACCAAGAAAACUGUCGAGGCGAUCAACUGGGCUGUGCCAUUAGCAGCAAUAUGUGGCUUUUUAGUGUGGGAGCAAGAGCCUUUCGUGUUGGCGCAGCCAGAGCUGCCCAAGUGA